UUUUCCCAUAUACUGUAGUUUAGAGAUCAAAGAACAAAAAUUGUACCAACCCAUCUUCUUCUUCUCCGAAACAAAAUCGGAUAUACUUGCGAAUCUUGGAAAAGUGCAAGAAGCAAAGUUGAUUGACGCGAAGAGCCCUGUGUUUUGAUCCGAACAAAAUAUCAUUAGGACUACUUCGGGAUUCUUGGCAAAUUGGGGGUUUUCUUCUCUUGAGACUAGAAAUCCGUCCGCUGCAGGAGAUGGCAUCAUCAAAAGCAGUGUCCUCUUCGGCUUCGAGAAACUCAGAUCUAAGACAAAAAAGGUCUUGUUCGUUAUUUUCAGCAUCAACAAAAUCCUCAUCAAUAUCCGAUCUCCACAGUCACAACAAUCGUGUCCAUCUGAUCAAGAACAACAGCAGCAACAACAGUCUAUGCUCGAUGGCCAUGGUGGAUAACCUACUGCUGAGGAAUAAGGAGUAUGGAGAAGACCAGACCGCCGCCGCCGAGAGCACGCUUCUCGAUGCCGAGAUCACGUUGUUGGAUGCAGCCGGAGCAGUGAUGGCAAUUAGCGAUACUGAGACUAACGGUGGAGUAGUACCGAUGGGGGGGCAGGAGAGAAUAAGUGUGAUGACGACGGAGAAGAAGAAGACGGUAGAUGACGUGUGGAAGGAGAUUGUGGCCGGCAGGAGGAAGUGUAAGGAGGAGGCGCCGGAUGAGAUGAUGACGUUGGAGGAUUUUCUUGCCAAGGCCGAGGCAGUGGAGGAGGAGGAGGAGGACGUAAAGGUGAGGUUGAGCGGAGGUAGUAUACGCGGGUUCGAUUCGAUGGCGAUGAUGAGUCCAUUUCCGCCACGCCAAAUUAGUGGUGGAGUAGUAGUGGUAGGAGGGUUUGGGGAUGGAGAGGAAGUGAUUGGAGGGAGAGGGAAGAGGCGAGCUAUUUUGGAACCUUUGGAUAAAGCUGCACAGCAGAGACAGCGGAGGAUGAUUAAGAACAGAGAGUCUGCAGCCAGGUCUAGGGAGAGAAAGCAGGCAUACCAAGUGGAGCUAGAAUCUUUGGCAGUGAAGUUAGAGGAGGAAAAUGAAAAGCUGCUGAAAGAGAAGGGUGAGCGAACUAGGGAACGGUUUAAACGGCUCAUGGAGAAAGUAGUUCCAGUUGUGGAUAACCGAAGGCCACCACGUCUCCUCCGGAGAGCUCACUCCAUGGAGUGGUAGUUAUUUUUUUGCUCAGUAUAUAUGAGAUGAAGCGGAUACGUUCUGUGUCCAUGAAAUUGAAGGUUUGUAUUCCUUACAGCAGAAUGAAAUCAAAUAUUUUUGGCACAGAACAUGGAAGGCAGUAUCUUCUGGCAAAUAUUUUUGGCCCAGAAAAUAAAAGGCAGCAUCUUUUCUGGCAAAUAUUUUUGGUUAAAACAGACAUGCAUGCUGAAGAGUUGGACGAUUUCUAAGCAUCGAUAGAAGUAUUCAAUGGUGUUCUCUUUUUUUCACUUUCUCCGGGUUAUUUACCACCGUUAACU